GACAAGCAGUCAAGAGUCCCAAUUUCCCAGUCUACGAUAAUAUCGUCAGGGUUCUCAUUCGUCUCCAGCAUACGAAUCAGGAAAUGGGUUUGCUCGAAAACCAGUGAGAACCAAAAUGGGUGAAGAUAAACCAGACCGAAGCUCGCCUGUACCAUCCGCCGGAAUGUCCAGUCUCCGACUUGCCCUUGAGAUCUUGUCGUCGUUGAUAUUAUUGUCCCAUUCAGUCAAAGUCUUUGCAGCGAAAUGGCAGUCGAUUCGGGACAAGCUCGAGGAGCUCAACUCAAGUUUAAUCGCCACGGAGAACUGCGAGUACUCCGGCCAAAACACAGCGGUCUCAGGCUUAGCAUCUGCCAUAUUAGUGACACUUAACGAGUGCUACGACCUCGCACGCCGUUGCGUGGAUCUCUCUUAUAGCGGCAAGCUUCUUAUGCAAAGCGACUUGAAUGUGAUCCUCACGAAGCUCGAUCGGCACGUGAAGGACCUAUCGGACAUGUAUGCUGCCGGUAUUUUGACUCACGGUAAUGCCUUGGUUGUUUCAAAGCCUGGUCGUGGUGCUUGCAGAGACGACAUGCGGUUUUAUGUGAGAGACUUGUUGACCAGAAUGAAGGUCGGUGAUUCGGGAAUGAAAAGGCAAGCCUUGGUUAAUCUGUACGAGGUUGUGGCAGAGGACGAGAAAUAUGUGAAAGUAAUGUUGGAAGUGGACGAUGUCGUGAACGUUUUGCUAAAUUUUCUUGAUUCUCCAGAUACGGAGAUUCAAGAAGAGUCUACCAAGGUGGUCUCGGUGGUCGCCGGGUUCGAUUCGUACAAAGGGGUUUUGACCGGGGCGGGGGCAAUCGCUCCGUUGAUUCGGGUUUUGGAGUGUGGGAGUGAUUUGGCGAAAGAGGGUUCUGUAAGGUGUUUGAAAAAACUGACCGAGAAUUCGGAAAAUUCGUGGUCGGUCUCGGCUCACGGUGGAGUGACUGCGCUGCUGAAACUAUGUACUGGUGUUGAUUGCAAGAAAGAGUUGGUUGGUCCUGCUUGUGGGGUACUGAGAAAUCUCAUUGGAAUUGAAGAAAUAAAGCGGUUUUUGAUUGAAGAAGGUGCUAUUUCGAUGUGUAUCAAGCUUGCAAGGUCUAAAGAUGAAGCUUUGCAAAUGAUAGCUAUUGAAUUCCUUCAAACUAUAGCAUUUGGAGAUGAAUUGAUCAGGGAAAUAGUGAUUAGAGAUGGAGGCAUUCGCACAUUAAUACGGGUCGUGGAUCCUAAAUGGUCUUAUUCCUUAAAAACCCGGGAGAUAGCAUUGAGAGCAAUUGAGAGUUUGUGUUUCUCGUCCACGAGUGCCGUGAAAAGCUUGAUGAAUUAUGGUUUUGUGGAUCAGCUUAUGUACUAUAUUCGAUAUGGGGAUGUUUCAGUUCAGGAAUUGGCACUCAAGGUGGCGUUCAGGCUAAGUGAGACAUCAGAGGAGGCCAAGAAAGCAAUGGGUGAUGCGGGGUUUAUGCCUGAGCUUGUUAAAUUUCUCAAUGCAAAGUCAUUUGAAGUUCGGGAAAUGGCAGCUGAGGCACUCUCUGGCAUGGUCUUGCUCCCUAAAAAUCGAAAGAGGUUCGUGCAGGAUGACCGGAAUAUUGGGUUGCUCUUGCAACUGCUUGACUCAGAGGAAGAACGUUCAGGUAGCAAAAGGUUCCUGCUGUCCAUAUUAAUUUCAUUAACAAGUUGCAAUAGUGUGAAAAGAAAAAUUGUCAAUUCUGGGUAUAUGGAAAACUUAGAGAAACUUGCACAAGCCGACGUUUCCGAUGCUAAGAGACUUGUCAAGAAGCUGUCCAGGAACAGAUUCCGCUUAAUGUUGAGUGGAAUCUGGCAUUCUUGAAUGUAAUUUUUUUUUUAUCUUUUCUUCUCUGUUUUUUUUUUAUCUUUUAAAUCUUUAUAGGUAUAUAUAUCUGCAUAAGUGCUUGCCAAAUUUUUCUUUCUUUUCUUUUGUUUUUGUCUUUUUGUCUAUGUUUCUGUCUUCCACGCAACAAAAGUUUUCCUCUUGCAAAACCAGGUUUUGAACAGGUUUUUGUUAAAGAUUGUAACUGCAACUCUGCAGGUAGAUAUCAAAUAAAAGCUGCUGUUACAGGUUUCCGAUAACA